GAGAAAACCGAGAAAAACAAUUAAAAACAGAGAAGAAAACCUUGAAAACCCUAGAAGCCAUUUUGUAUAUAACUGGCUAGAAAUUCCCAUUUCUUCCAUUCCCCGACCCUUCCUCGGCUUGUUCACAAUUCACAAUGAUGCAUUCUACAGUUCAGCCUCUCACUCUUUCCAAACUUCCCAAUUCCUUCGCAUUUCGCCAUAAACCCUCUUCCACUCCCAAUCGUCUACUCUUAUCUCGGUCAGUUUUUCUUAGAAAUGUAAGGGCAACUGCGUCUGAGGAAACAUCAAGUGGUGCAGGUAGAUUUUUCAACGAGAAACGUGAUGGUGUGGUUACUUUGGAGGCUGAUAAAAAUGGCUACAAUGGACCUUUGGAGAAUGAAGAACCAAAGGAAGAGUUUCCUUCGGAUGGAGAAAGCCUGCCGUUGGAUUUCCUUGAAAAGCUUAAUUUAAAGAUUGACUUAAAUGACACCACUUCUCUUGCUGUGUAUGGUGGUGGUGCUAUAGUGACCCUUUGGCUAACUUCAGCUGUCAUCGGUGCUAUUGAUUCUAUCCCAGUGAUUCCCAAACUGUUUGAAGUUGUAGGGCUCGGAUAUUCAUUAUGGUUUACUUACCGAUAUUUGCUUUUCAAGAGAAAUAGAGAUGAGCUGUCCUCUAUAAUAGAGGGACUCAAGGAACAAGUUUUUGGUUCAGAAGAUUAAUAGUUGUUGUGAAAGAGUGAAAUUAUAUGUACACUGUAUAGUUAGAUUUUGUCUAGUUAACAGAAUCUGUUGAUGAGUUUCCUUCUCCGAUAAGAAUGACUUUUUGUUCCAAAAUGGAUUGUUAUUGCUAUUCCUGUGUUAAUAAAAAGGUUUCAUAGGGUUAGAAGUUC